AUGUCGUUUGGAAGGAAGAUCACGACUAACCUUUAUGAUGAAUGGAGACCCUUCUACAUCGACUACAAUUUGUUGAAACGUGAACUCAAGUCUCGUACCGCCUCUCACAUCUGGGACGACAAAGAUGAACGUGAUUUCACCGCCAUGCUGAAACAGGAGCUCGAUAAAGUUUAUGAUUUCCAGAAACAAAAGACCGCUGAGUUAUCUCGCCGUAUACGGGAUGCUGAAAAGGACGUUCAAAAACUCGUCGCUCAAGAAUCUUCUCCAUCUUCUUCCGAGGCACUCCCUUCCCAUUCCUCUGACCCAGAAUCGCAUCAAGCACGCCCUUCGGACUAUGGACCCGACGAAGGCUCCGAUGACGAUGAUGAUAUGGACGAUAACCAAUCUGAUGCUUCGCUCGAAGACCUCUUUCACGGCCUUCAAGAAGAAGUCGCUACCCUCGUAGCAGAUGUUCACGACUUGGCGUUGUACACUAAGUUGAAUAUCACUGGUUUUCUUAAAAUUUUAAAGAAACACGAUAAAAUAACAAACUUUCCGCUGAAACCUACGUUUAUUCAACACUAUCUUGAGGAAAGGCCCUUCUAUAAAUACAAUUGGGACAUCUUGAUCGUCAAGUUAUCCAAGCUCUACGACCUGGUCCGCACUCGAGGACAUCCUGUACAGGGCGAUUCAAGCGCAGGCGGGAACCAAAGUGCCUUUGUACGUCAGACGACAAAGUAUUGGGUGCAUCCAGAUAACCUCGUUCCACUGAAACUGGCCAUUUUACGACAUCUACCCGUUCUCGUCUUCAAUGCCGAAAAGGAAUUCGAACAGAAGGACGCUGCUAUCACUUCAAUAUACUUCGACAAUGAGGAUCUUGAACUUUACCUCGGUCGACUGGAGAAGACAGAGGGUGCCGAAGCUAUCCGUCUCCGGUGGUACGGCGACACAGAUGUGAAAACCAUUUUCGUAGAGCGUAAGACGCACAGAGAGGACUGGACAGGUGAAAAGUCCGUCAAGGCGCGUUUCCCAAUCAAAGAAAAUCUCGUGAACGCUUUUCUGCGCGGAGAAUAUACCAUGGACGCGGAGCUCCAGGCUCUAGUUGAGAAAGGCAAGAAGACACAAGCCGACGUCGAUUCCAUGAUUCAGCUUGCAAGCGAAGUUCAGUAUCGUAUUCUUACGAAGCAGCUCCACCCGGUCAUGAGGACGUUUUACAACCGAACUGCGUUCCAGCUCCCAGGAGAUCCUCGUGUACGGAUAUCACUUGAUACGGAACUCACGAUGGUCCGCGAAGACAACUGGGACGGACAGACGCGUACUGGCGAUAACUGGCGGCGAACCGACAUUGGGAUCGACCAUCCUUUUGACCAGGUGUUAGCGGCGGAUAAAGAGCUUUUCAAGUAUGGGGUUUUAGAAGUCAAACUUCAGACUCAGUUUGGACAAGAACCUCCCAAGUGGGUGACGGAUCUGGUCCAGUCACAUCUUGUCGAAGCUGUUCCCAAGUUCAGCAAAUUCAUCCAUGGCUGCGCUACCCUACUGCCUAAUCGCGUAGAUCUCGUGCCGUUCUGGCUGCCUCAAAUGGACACGGAUAUCCUUAAGCCCAAUACUGGAUACCUCACAGUCGAGCGUCCGACAAAGAGUACUCCUGAUUUUCAGUCCGGUAUUCUCUCGCCCAUCUCGCCCGUUUUGCCGGUACACUCCUAUGUUGAGCCUGUCUCUGAAGGGGAAGAAGAUGAAGAGAUGGACUUGGCGCCUGCUAGAGACGAGUUUCGGCGCACGGGGCUGCCGCAUGAGGACGUUGCGGCUGCUAUCGCGUUUCGUGAAAAGUCGCUCAAGGAACGUGAACCUGCAUCUCAGUCCAGGGGGAGCAGCAGCACUCCUGAAGUGGUAUACGACGAACGCACGCCAUUGUUGAAGUUGCCACAGCCUCCGAGGGCGGAGAGGAAUGUGUCGAUUGACCCCCUUGCGCCGUCUUCUGCGUUCGAUGAGCGUCUGCGUGAGCGUUUACAUGCGAAUAAGAAUGUGCCGCCACGUGUACAGGACGGUGAGGUGCAGGAGGCUUUAGGCCUGGACGAGGAAAAUCUGCGAGAGGAGGACCGUUUAUUAGUGAGAGACUGGCGUGCGCCAUCUGGCAAGCGGAUUGCAGUGCCUGUUCGUAUCGAGCCCAAGGUGUAUUUCGCAAACGAGCGCACGUUCUUGAAAUGGUUGAGCUUUGCGGUGCUGAUCGGCACUAUCGCUACGACGUUAUUGAACUUCGUACCUGCAGAUGAUCCGCGGGGCCUGAUUAGUGCUGCGCUAUUCACUCUGGCUGCGCUGCUCGCGAUCGCCUAUUCAGCGAUCAUCUUCGUGUACCGAGCGCUUCGUCUGCGUGCCCGAUCUGCGGAAGGGCUUUAUUAUGACAAGUACGGACCGACUAUUCUUUGCUUUGUGCUGUUGGCUGCGCUGGGGACCAACAUUGGGUUGAGGGUGGCGGAUAUGUGAUGGCAUAGGGAUGAGCCUUGGACGCUGGUAAUAUACAGCUGACGUGAGGAACUCAUUUCCUCUUUAAGGUCUGUCCUACAGGAGCUUAGCCGCAAUGAACUAUUUUUGUUUCCAAUUCCAUGUGAUCGUCGUCGCACUGCGCAGGGGACGUCGACCAGAUCUCAAAUCAAUCAAAUACUGAUUCAUCGCCAUGUACAGCAUGGCCAGAAAUCAGUGAUAUUCAUGUUACAAAAUGUGUUCAUAUUUGGUGCCAACACUGCUUCUGCCAAAGAUGGAAUCUAUCUAC